AUAUAAACUCAUGUGAGAUGUCAUGGCGUUGUCAUUCGUUUAGGGUUAUAUCUUGCGACACACCACAACUGGACUGUUUAUUCAAUGGCGUUCAAAUUCAUCCCACUGUUCGCCUUGCUGGCUGCUGUAUCAGCUCAGUACCAUUCAGGAUUCCAUGCUCAAUCUCCAAUCUAUCACCAACAGCCUCUGGCAAAAGGAUUCGUUCAACCUGCAGUUGUGAAAACUUUGGCUCAACCCGCAUAUCUGAAAACUGUAGUAGCUCAGCCAACAUAUGUCAAGACCGUUGCUCAGCCAACCUAUGUAAAAACUAUAGCACAGCCCACCUACGUUAAGCAAGUUGAAGAGUACGCCCCACCUCACUACGAAUUUUCAUACUCCGUUCACGAUGAGCACACCGGAGACAUCAAGAGCCAGCAUGAAACUCGCCACGAAGAUAAGGUGCAGGGACAGUACACUUUGCUAGAUGCCGAUGGCCACCACCGCGUAGUUGACUAUACUGCCGAUGACCAUAAUGGAUUCAACGCUGUCGUACGCCGUGAGCCCGUUGGAGUUAAGGUUGCCCAGCCUGUGGCCAAGGUAAUUGCCCAGCCAGUGCACAAAGUUGUGGCCCAGCCAGCUUACUACUCAAGCCAUUAUUGAAACAAAAAAGGAAGUAACCCGCCAUUCACUUAGUCAUCUGUCGAUCAUCAACACAUCCUUUAGAAUAGGUAGUUAAAUUUUUCGAAAAUACAUUUUGUUGUUCAACUGAAAA